AUGAAAGCAACUUUUCUUAUUUUUUCGUUGGCUGAAGGGCUCAAAUUGAAUGGAGGUGCUGAUAUUAGAGUACGCUCAAACACGCGGACAACGCGGCAAAUGGAAUCCUUGGCGGCUGACAUGUUCAACAAGCAACUCGGGUCGAGCAGCUUCACGGCGGAUAGUUGGACCGACGCGUUCAUGGAGUACGGCUGCUACUGCAACAAACUCGUCCAAGGAGGAGGGCACCUGCCGGGUGUUGAUGCAUCGGAUAUCAAUUAUGACAAGCAUGAGAGUCUUUGCAUGGACCUCUAUGCUUGCUACAAGUGCAUCAACAUCGACUACGAUCACAAUGGAACAUACGCCGCGACAGUAAUGGAGUACACUGCCGAAGUCACUGCUGAUGGCGAAUACACAUGUCUCGACCCCGAAAAUGACAGCGACAAUCAUCUGGACAACUGCCCUCUUGAUGUUUGCCGAUGCGACAAAAUGUUUGCCGAAAAAAUUCUUGAAAAUUAUAGAAGAUGUAAAAAUGGAGAAACUGAAUUUUGCCUGAAAGAUCAGUUUCAACACGCGAACGGUUUCAGCGGUGACCAAUGCGAAGAUGUUGGGGAAAAGAAAGAAAAGCACGAUUCUUGCUGCGGACGUUACCCGAACAGGAAGCCGAUGACGACGAUGAAAGAAUGUUGCGAUAAUAGAAUCGUCGAUUAUGGAACUUGCUGA